AUGUCCAUUCAUGAACCAACCGAGAGUGUGAAUGAACCGACGGAUCAUGUCAUGAUGAUUGAAAAUUCAAUCGAUUCUUCUCCGCUUCAAGUACAUUAUAUUGAAUGGAAUUCAUGUUACGGAGAGUCAUCGAGUUUGAAAUUAAAUCAUGAAAAGAUUUAUGAUCAUUAUAUAUUCAUGUUGCAUGGAUCCUUUCAAACAUGUCAUACAUUUGACGACUUUGUAGAAGAAUGUAAAGAGUCAUUCCAAAAUUUGAAAACACCCUUCAAUAUACGAUUUAUUGCAAUGGAUUUGAGAGGUCACGGUGAUACUCAACACACCCCAAACCAAUAUGUGAUGAAAGGAUUUGUGAGCGACUUGAAACAAUUCGUCUCCAAGUAUUUUGAAAAGAUGGAUCUUUCCAAGGACGAGUUCAAAAUAUCAUUUAUUGGAAUGAGUUUGGGAGGAAUUAUUUUGAUGAAUACGUUUUUAACAUCUCUUUAUACAUCUCCCAAUGAUGAAUUUUAUGUAAAAUUUUCUAACAAACUCCACAACUUAUCCUUGAUAGAUAUUUCACCAGAUCAAAUACCUGUGAAACAGGCUGAAGAAAAUUCGAACAAGAACGCAACAGGAACCUCUCAUGUGACGCAACAAGUACAAGCAACGCUUGAAUUUGAUACGUUUGAAGAGUUUCUUAAUUGGGCACAAAAAUAUAAUCCCCGAAGAAGUGUUGAAAAUCUUAGAAAGAGAUUGCAAUAUUCGUUAAAACAAAAUCAAAUCACCCGAAAGUGGACAUGGAAAUAUGAUCCAACGUUUAGCAUCGACAGAAUUGCAGACGAGAAUCCACAGGUAAAUAUGAGACAAGAGCUUUGGGAAAAUUUGAGAAUUUACACAGCACAAGCAAGUAUUCCAUUAAGUAUUUGCAUUGUAAAAGGAGCUCAAAGUCAGGUCACAACAAGAGAGCAAUUAGAAAAAUUGUAUCAAGUUCUCUCGAAUUCUUCGUUGCAUUUAUGUACAUUGAUUGAAAUUGACAAUGCUGGACACUCUGUUCUCGGGGAUAAUCCAAAAGAAUUCGUUCAAAAGUAUUAUGUAAACCAAUUUGAAUUGAACUAUUAA